AGCAAUUUCAAUGCGUGCGUUCUAUUUUCAGCGUUUAUUUUGUGAUGACAGAGGAGUUUGCAAAGCGGGUUGCCUAUCCUCCCCCUGUUGACAUUGAUUCAGUUUGGCUGUAAGUAGGUCAAGGGCAAGACUGAGCUUUGUCAGCCCCGGGCUCGAGUGGAAUGUCACGCGGUGAUGGGGUAUGGGGAAUAUUCCACUACCCUUUCGAGCUUCCAAGUUUGAUUAUUCUGAAACGUCUCUGAUCGAGAAGCUUCAGGGUAGAACUAGAGAGAUAGAUGCCUUAUUCUAUUACACAGAAUGAUAACUUUUUCAAUCACAGUUACACAUUCUCAGUAACUGUCCUUAUCUUUUUGGCAUUUUUCUACCAAUGCAAUGCAUUCAAUCGAUGUGGUCAGAGAGAGAAGGAAACUCAGAAGUAUCACCUAGUCCAGCCAUGCAGCAGCUCCAAAAUGAAUAUUCUCGCUUCGAGUAACGCCAACUCACUUCAAAAAUGCGAAAUGCUUGCUAAGCAAAAUAAAGGACUAGCGUUCAGCUAUCUCUCAGAAGGAAGCAUAAGUGGUAAUUAUGGCGGUGAGGAAUAUUACGAUGACAAUGAAGAUGAGUCAACGUGUCGAGUGUUCGACUGUCCCGAGUUUGAGUCGACUCUAGCAUUGCAGCCUGUAUCAGGGCACCAUUAUUAUAGUCUUUAUGCUCGUCCAAUGGCCAACACGAAUGUGACUUGCGUACCUGGAAUAGGAAUUUUCAUACUUCAUAACGAGAGCAGAAACCAUUCAGAGGCUGUGCAGCUGUGUAGGGAGGAAGGUGGUGUGUUGGCUUCUCCAUUAUCCGAGAAACGAAGCAUGUAUCUGGGUCAUCUGAUAGCUUCAACGGGAAAAUCUGGCGUUUCAGACAAAUGGUACGUCGGCUUGGAUGACAUUCAAAUGGAAGGCACUUUUGUCUCUUCCACAGGAGAACUACUGAAAUGUGUGCAAUUCCGUGCCUGGGCACCAGGGGAGCCACAUUCACGGAAAGAUGAUGACUGCGUUGUUAUUAAUCCAAGAUUCACUUGGCAAGUUGUGCCUUGCUCAAAGAAGCUGCCUUUUGUUUGUGAGAUAUUGCCAGGAGGUCCACUUCACAUUUGCAGUGCGAACUCUUCAUUGGCUUCAAGAAAAGAGUGCCUGGAUAAUCAUAUCAACAGAACAGAAUACUUUGAAUAUAACUCGAAAUGUAAACUACCUCCUGGCUAUUUGAUGAAUUUGACAGAAAUGCUGGAAAAAGUUGAAACCUCCAUCACCAAAGUUGAUUUAGCAUAAUUUUCUUGCUGUGACUUUGUGACAGUUUAGAAAAAAAUUAACCAAAUUCUUGUACUGUAUGAUUUUUUCUUACUUUUAUACGAAUAA